AUGACAUUAGCUAAUAUUGUUAUCUUUUUUCUUUCCCAGGCUGGUAAGGAUACGGCCGUUACGCAACAAGAUGCUCACACAACAACAGAGCCUAUUUUCUCUAGCUUAGCAGAAGCUUCUCAAACAUUAGAGCCAACUUAUUCUGACCAACAAACCGAUACUCUGGCUUUGUCUCAACAUGACUACGUCUCAGUUGGCCUUGAUCCCAUUACAGAAUCAGACGAUGCUUCAAUUCCUUCUGACAAACGUCCGCUGUUUUUGCCUAUUCCAAUUCCGGUGCCAAUUUAUGUUCCUCUACCAGUUUAUAUGUACGCCAGACCGACUCCUUUUCUUAUGCCAUUUCCGCUUCCCCUUCCUAUUCCUCUUGUUAUAAAACCGACAUGUACCACUGAAUUGAGAGAGGAACAUGACCCUGAUGUUAUUCGAGCACUUGAGGCUUCGAUCGAAUCCAAUAAAUCAGAGAAACUAGUUGAUUUUUACAUCAUUGUGAAUUCUCUGCCGGGCCUAUUUCAAAAUACUGCAAAUAAUAUGGUUGAUCGUGAUGAAUAUGAGUUUACCAUGAAUGUCACAUCUCCCCUGUGGACCGAUGACAUCCAUUAUUGGGCUGCAGAAUGGUAA